AUGCGCUUUUCCAAACUGGCAACAAUCAUAUACGCCGCCAGAUUUCUAUCCGCAGCUUUCAGUUACAAAACGGCCCACAUAGAGGAGGGAAGUAAAGGAUUCAUUUGCCACGGAGAUUUCUUCUCGGAAGCCAAUUAUAGAGAUGAUAAAAUUCGAGCGCUAAAAGUUCUUAAACAUAGCCACAAUACUCCCUUUGAUGUGGAAAUGCUUCAGGAUAUUUUUGUGUCUGAAAAGCCAGAAAAUUUUAUGAUGUAUGAUAAUAGUGACGCAAAAGGGCACUAUUUAUUUUUGCUUCCCAGUCUAACGAAAGUUUAUCCAAAAAAUUCUUACGAUCUUCGACACGAGUAUCAUCUUCUACUGGACGAUUCUGGACGGACAUGCGCUCUGAUGUUGUGGAAGAUAAAGAUAACGCCGAAGGGUAAGAGCAGCGAAGAACCGACGUACGAGAUAUGCAGUGUCCAUUCGUAG